UUUUUUUUGCUUUUUUCUCUCUUUCCUAUUAAGCGUUCGUGUACGUGCGCGUGUGUUAAUGAAUCAUAUAAAGAUUUGUUAAAGUUUAUAGUUAUUUUCAUAUCAUCUUUAGUUCUACUUGAGUGAAUUAGAAAAAGAAACAGUAAACGUAGUAAAGCAAAAUUUAUAGUGCUAAAGAGUGUGAAGUUUGUGCGCGAGCGCACAUACACUUGACUGUUUUUUGCGUACUAAGAAAAUGCAUUUUUUAACGGCAGCAUUUUCCCAAGGGAUUCUAUUAUUACUAAUACAACCCUUUGCGAUCAAGCAAGCGGAAGGUCUUACGGUCGGUCUCUACGGACCCGAUCGAUAUGAAGGUUUGCCUGAGGUGUGCUUAGAACCUAUGGAUUUUGGCUAUUGCCGAGCCAAAGUGAAGCGAUUUUAUUUUGAUAUUAGACGCAUGAAAUGUUCGAUGUUCUAUUGGGGCGGUUGUGCUGGCAAUGACAAUAAUUUUAAAUCGAUUGAAGAGUGCAAUAAAUUUUGUGUUUCUGCUUACGAUGACAACAAUCGUAUAUCUUAUGACGACAACAGUAACCGAGCAUCCAUAAGUAAAUCUCAACCUGAACAGCAACCAUUGGCUCCACGUCAUCAAAAGCAAAGAGAAAAACGACCAAUUAACAAACUAAGCCGCACCAAAUACGAUUUUCGCGAGACCACAAGUCCCAGAUAUAAUGCUUACCACAUAAACAAUAAUAGCAACAAUAAUAACAAAGGUAGCCCCAUUGUUAAAUCGACGACGCCGCGCUUAAGCGUGAAAACUAAGACAUAUUUUAAAGAAGACACCACGAAUUUCAACAAUACCAGCAGUAGCAAUAGUAGCGGUAGUCUCUUAACAGCCAGUUCAAGAAGUUAUCAUCAAAACAACGCCGCUAAAGAUUAUGUUGACAGUCAUAACAAUAACGAUGAUGAUAACUUUGGUGAGCAGGAAGAUUAUGAUAAUUAAUUUAUUUGUGCUAAU